CGGUUGAGCGCGACCUGUUGACCAACGUUGACUGAAGUUUUUCAAGCUUUGACUAAAGACUGCAGUCAACGGUACAGUGGGUACAAAGCACGUUACCAUUAGUAACCAUCACCAAUUUGCAACGCUUUUAAUUACCAAUGUAUCGCCGGAACUUUGUGCUACUCAAUGUGCACAGAUUUUUCUCACAACAUUACAUCCAGUGUCUAAUAUGAACAUUUUUAUGAACUACCAGGGUAAUUACACAGAACAGUUUAAAGAUGCCUAGUUGUGCUGCAAUAGGAUGUUCUAAUACCUCAAAAAAAGGGGCAAAGCUAGGUUGUCUUCCAACCGACCCAGAACGGAGGGCGAUAUGGAUCCGUAAUGCAGGCAUAACUGACUGGCCACCGACAAGAUUCGGAGCAUUAUGCGAGUUCCAUUUUCAAGCAGACAUGUGGGAGAAGCCUCGUGUCGAUGGCAAGAGAAAAUUAAAACCGUACGCUGUGCCAACAAUUUUUGGUGAUUUGGUCUUUCAGUUGGAUGGAAAACGUAAAGAAGGGGAUAAUGUAAUCGAUAUAGAACCUGUGCCACAGAUAAUGCACGUACAAGUAGAUCCAGCUACAAAACAGGUUCACAUUAUUAAGGACAUCGAAUCGAACGAACCUAGCGAACCAGAACCCCUGACUGAGUUUACGCCUGAUCAGGAACAAGAAGACUACGAAACCGUUUCAAUUGAGUACCUAACAACCAGCGACAUUGUAGAACCUACGAGUAAUUUGGUCUUCGAAGACAAAUCAGGAGAUGCAAUAGAAAUCACAGUUGAAGAGGAACCACCUAAUGAAAAUAACCCAGAAAUUGAACUUCAAUGCGAAAAUAAUGUUGACCAAAGCAAUACUCUCGAAGCACAAGAAAGGGAUUUAUUGAACCUUGAGACAGAAUAUCAAGCCAUGGAUCCAAAUGUUUCGGGAUACAUUGCGAAGAUAAAAAAACUGGAGCAACUGUGCCUGAAAAGCGAAAGACUAAGAAAAAUAAUGAAGAAAAAGCAUGCACAAACGAAUAGAAAAAACAAAAAGAUAAUCUCGAACCUACAGAGAAUCGUCAGUGAACUACAAAAGAGACAGUGCCCAACGUAGUCGUAU